AUGGAACCUACUGCUUAUUCAUUGUCAAUGGCAAUACAGAAUCCUCGGGAGGUGCAGAUCACUACAUUUCAUGCACCAUCAUGUCCAAACUUAGCAAAAUCUAAUGCUUUAACUAGCAGUCAAGUUCAGACUGAAGCCAUAAUUAAUGAUGAUGGUGUGUCUUUAACAUGGAAAGACCUGUGGGUUACUAUCAUGGAUGGAAAACCCGGCCGGUUCAUACUCCAAGGGGUAACAGGUUAUGCUAGGCCAGGGGAGAUUCUAGCUAUCAUGGGUCCUUCUGGUUCGGGCAAAUCAACCCUCCUUGAUGCCUUAGCAGGGAGACUCAACUCGAAUGUUAGGCAGAGUGGUGAUAUUUUGAUAAAUGGAUUCAAGAAAAGACUAGCAUAUGGAACAUCGGCUUAUGUAACUCAAGACGAUACACUCAUUACAACACUUACUGUCCGAGAAAGUGUCUACUAUUCGGCACAGCUCCAGCUACCAAAUUCCAUGUCAAAGGCCGAGAAAAAGGAGAGAGCUGACUUGACCAUAAGAGAGAUGGGCCUUCAGGAUUCUAUGGACACGAGGAUUGGAGGAGGUUGGGGAGCUAAAGGCCUAAGUGGAGGCCAAAAAAGACGAGUUAGCAUCUGUAUUGAGAUCAUAACUCGUCCUAAGCUUCUUUUCCUUGAUGAACCGACGAGUGGCCUUGAUAGUGCCGCCUCAUACUAUGUGAUGAGCAGGAUUGCAAGGCUUGAUCAUCACCAAGGCAGGACCAUCAUUGCAUCCAUACACCAGCCCGGCAACGAAGUGUUUGGGCUUUUUCAUAAUCUUUGCCUACUUUCUUGUGGUAAAACAGUUUAUUUUGGGAACACGAGCUCUGCAAAUGAAUUUUUUGCUUCAAAUGGCUUCCCUUGUCCCACUUUCCAGAAUCCAUCAGAUCACUUUCUUAAAACAAUAAACAAGGAUUUCGAUGAGGAUAUGGAAGGUUCAACCAGAACUGAGGAAGUGAUUACUAUCUUAACAAAUUCAUACGAGUCAUCUACAGCCUGUGAAGAAGUUAACAACAGAGUUUCUGAAAUAUGCAAGAAGGGAGAUGGAACAGUUGAGACAAAGAAAGACCGUGCUAGUUUCUCAACUCAAUGCCUUGUACUCAGCAGGCGGUCUUUCAUCAAUAUGUAUCGAGAUCUUGGAUACUACUGGCUGCGUUUUGCUAUUUAUCUAGCAUUGUCCUUAUGUCUUGGAACACUCUUCUAUGAUAUUGGCUUAAGUUCCUCCUCCAUUCAGGCUAGAAGCUCCGUGUUGAUGUUUGUGGCCACAUUUUUAACAUUUAUGACCAUUGGUGGAUUUCCCUCAUUCGUAGAGGAUAUGAAAGUUUUUGAGUAUGAACGAUUAAAUGGGCAUUAUUCAGUUGGAGCUUUUGUGAUUGCCAACACAUUAUCUUCAACACCAUUUUUGCUACUAGUUUCUGUGAUUCCGGCAGUAUUAACGUAUUACCUCCCAGGACUGCGUGAAGGAUUUAAUCACUUUGUAUACUUCACAGUCGUAGUCUUUUCAUGUAUGUUGCUAGUUGAGAGCUUAAUGAUGGUUGUAGCAAGUCUUAUACCCAAUUACUUAAUGGGAAUCAUUGUAGGCGCUGGGAUCCAAGGUGUUAUGUUGUUGGCUGGUGGAUUUUUUCGCUUACCAAAUGAUUUACCGAAACCAUUCUGGAGAUACCCAAUGUUCUACAUUGCAUUUCAUAGGUAUGUAUAUCAAGGAUUCUACAAGAACGAGUUUAAAGGACAGGUAUAUAUAUAUAGCCAAGGAGGUGUGAGACAAAUCGUGUAUGGGGAGGAUAUAUUAAAAGAGAAAUGGCAGGUUGAAAUGGGUCACUCAAAGUGGACUGAUUUGGCAAUCCUAUUAGGGAUGGUGGUGAUUUAUAGGCUUAUAUUUUGGCUUAUAAUCAAGAUGGUUGAGAAGAUCAAAUCUCUAUUAUCUAGUUGGAUUUCCCUUUUUCACGUACACUUAUGA